AUGGAAGUCGCACAAACACCAUUGCAAUUGACGCAAAAUGAGCAUCCAGAGGGUAGAAUGCCAGGCGAUGAUAACACAUCACCGCUGCGCUGGUCUCCACCAACUUCGGCUGCAUUAGUCGCAGCAGCCUUGGCGCCUCCAACAUUAAGACCCUGGCUGCCGGAUCCACCAACGAAGAAAACUAACCACUUGGGCUUGGUGUGUGUUGUAUGCGGUGACACAAGCUCUGGAAAACACUACGGCAUUCUUGCAUGUAACGGCUGCAGUGGAUUCUUCAAGAGGUCGGUCAGAAGGAAACUUAUAUACAGAUGCCAAGCCGGUACGGGUCGCUGCGUCGUCGACAAAGCCCACAGGAACCAGUGCCAAGCCUGCAGACUCAAGAAGUGUCUCGCCAUGGGAAUGAAUAAAGAUGCUGUCCAGAAUGAGCGUCAGCCUCGGAACACUGCCACCAUCAGACCAGAAGCCCUUAGGGACAUGGACCAAGAAAGGGCUUUACGAGAAGCAGCCGUCGCCGUCGGAGUCUUUGGACCACCUGUAUCUCUAGCCAUGGCGUUGUCCCCUGCAAGAUAUCCUCUACUCUCGCCGCACUACCCAGCUUUACCCCCUCCACAGCCCGUGCAGCCUGACUCCGUUCAGGACAACCAUGAAGAGGGAAAUGCUCAUUCAGACAGUGAUGAUGACAGUAUCGACGUCACAAAUGAAGAAGACUCCACGUCAUAUUCUCCUCCAGCUAUAUCUUAUCCGCAAAACUGUAUGCCAUAUGGUCCGCUAGGAGUUGAAAGUGCAGCGGAAACAGCAGCUAGACUACUGUUCAUGGCUGUAAAAUGGGCCAAGAAUCUGCCUUCUUUCGCCAGCCUCUCUUUUCGAGAUCAGGUAAUACUGCUAGAAGAAGCUUGGUCGGAGUUGUUUUUGCUGAACGCCAUACAAUGGUGCUUGCCCCUUGACGCGGCGGCUGCUGCCUUGUUCGGCACUGAACAAACAGACCAAGAUAAAUAUAAAGUUACUAUAAUGAAGAAUAAUAAUAAAAAUCUUCUAGAGAGUGGUAUAAGCUCGGCAACCCGACGCCGCCUACGUGAAGUAUUGUGCCGGUACCGCGCCGUAUUACUUGACCCAGCAGAAUUCGCAUGUAUGAAGGCAAUUGUGCUCUUUAAGUGUGAAACCCGUGGUCUCAAGGACCCCCUUCAAAUUGAAAACCUGCAAGAUCAAGCACAAGUGAUGCUAAUGUCGCACACGCGAAGUGCCCAUGGGGCCGCACCAGCCAGAUUCGGUAGACUAUUGCUACUUUUACCUCUCUUGCGCUCGGUCACACCACUGCAAUUAGAACGAGAGUUCUUCGCUAAAACCAUCGGACAGACCCCGAUGGAAAAGGUUCUGGCUGAUAUGUAUAAAAAUUAA